AAGGAAGCUCGCAACGGUGCAUUCUGGGAUACAAAAUGUCUCCUGUGGCUGUUAGCUACUGCUAACCUGCGGACCAUCGCCGCGAAUUAAUCCAGACGUAUACACGCUAUAGCGUUGUCGAGGUGUCUUCGAUAAAAAUCGUAUUGCAUUGUUGCCAUGUCAACAAAAGCGGAGUGCAGAGUGCCCAGUUCAAGCUCCAGGGCGGAUGACAAGAGCAGAGGUAGAGAAAAAAAGAAGCGUAAACGCAGCCGUAGUAGAUCUUCCUCUUCCUCGUCGUCGUCCUCCAGUUCGUCGUCGGGUUCAUCCUCAGCGUCGUCCUCUUCUUCAGCGGGUUCGUCACACUCAUCCAGCAGCCGGAGUAGCUCCAGAAGCAGCGACUCCAGAAGUAAGUCCAGAAAGCAAUCAAAGAAAAGGAAAAGUGACAAACCCAAAAAGCAGAAAGGGAAGAAAGAGAAGCGGCAUAAGCAUAAAAAGGAAAAGAAAGCCAAAAGCAGGGAAGAAAACUCCGGACCUGUUCAGAUAUCCAAGUACUUGAAGGAAAAGAAGAAAGGCAGGAAGUACAGCAUGAUUUCAGGGAAGAAGAUCAAGAUGAAAGUCAAGAAGUCAAAAAAGGACAAACAGCGAGACAAAAAUCGAGCCGAACUUCUGGAGUUCUUGAACUCUACCUUGUGAUUCCCCGAAUGGGCACAGCAGCCGACCUCAGGAAACUACAAGCAAGCUGUCCAGGGGAAGAAAUGUAAAUAAAGGUUUAUGUCAAACCAGGUUGCGGCACACCUUCAAGUGGGGUACACACAUACCCAUGUUUAACAUCUGAACCAAUUAUUUAGAUGAGUGGAAAAAAAAAAAACCAAAACACAACUCUCAAGCUUUAAAUCAAAUGUCUGUCGUAGUACCAAGACUGACCUGUAAGAGGCACCACGGUGCAGAUGAAGAAGUUGAAAGAGAUUUCGUAGAAGAAAUAGAAGAGGCUAGGCUGUAAUCUUAUGUUGAAAUUAAAUUUCAGCCGUAGUACCAAGACUGACCUGAAUGAGGCGCCUCAUUGCAGAUGAAGAAAGAAAUGUCAUAGAAGAAGCGAGGCUAACUGUUAGCUUAACUUGGAACUAAAUUUCUGUUGCAAACUUCUCGUUUUCAGUUUUAUUGUGGUGAAUAAAUUGUGCACACACACACCGCAAUCCAACUAAAGCAAAAAAAAAAAAAAA